GGGAAGAGCUAGUUGUAUUGGCGCCGCUUUUUUCCUGCAGAAUCCGGCGUCUGUUGCAAGAUCGAGAAGAUCGUUUCAUUCCCCAUGCUCAUCGCCGCGACGGAUUCUCGCCCCCGCAACCUCCCACUCUCCCCUGUCCUCGUCAAAAACUUCCUUCGCCAAUGCCACCACCCCGCAUCCACAUUCUCGGCGCAGGCGCAAUCGGCCUCCUGCACACCCACAUCCUCGCGCAGCACAACGUCCCAACAACCCUCCUCCUCCGCCCCGCAACUCUCCAAUCCUUCCUCAAAGCCGGGAGCAUCAUCCGCGUACAUGACGCUGCGGACGAUUCGACUGUGGAACAUACUGGGAUUCAGGCUGAGGAUGUGGCUGCAAAUGGGAAGGAGGGGAAGGGGGGGAUCGAUUGUCUGUUAGUAUGCACCAAAGCAGGCGACACGCACGCGGCCGUGCAAUCCAUCCGACACCGUCUCAUCCGCCCCCGCUCCAUCUCUCAUCCCGCAAUUAUAAUCCUCCUCCAAAAUGGCGUCCUGGCCCUGCACCCGACCAUCCAAUCCCUCUUCCCGCCCACCUCGCACGGCGGACCCGUCGUUUUCGCGGGGUCGACGACGCAUGGCGCGUGGAUGAGGGAUCGCUUCAAUGUGGUUUGGGCGGGCAGGGGUGGGACUUGUUUCGGACCAAUCUCUGGUUCUCCCGCAUCUAUAUCAGAUACGACAGGAGGUAUACUAACAACCCUCAAUCGCGCAGGACUCGAAUAUCAGCCACCAGAUGCCCUCCUCCCAACCCUCUUAUUAAAACUCGUCACAAACGCCUGUCUGAACCCCAUCACCGCCCUCCUCGGCCUUCCCAACGGGUGCGUCCUCACACCCCUGGGUCGUGGCUUGAUAACCCAAAUAUGCACAGAACUCGCUUCUCUACUCCCCCAUCUCCACGCCCCAGCAUCACAAAAGUGGUCAGCGGAGAUGUUGACGGAUUAUGUAUGCGGGGUAGCGGACGCGACAAAGGGGAACAGGAACUCAAUGUUGGUGGAUGUGGAGAGGGGCGGGUGCACGGAGGUGGAUUUUAUUUUGGGGUAUUGUGUGACGAAGGGGGAGGAGUACGGGGUGCAGACGCCUGUUUUGAGGGCGCUUUGGGACUUGGUUAGGUUGAAGAGUGGGGAUGUGGGUGUAUGAUCAUGAUGGGAUGAAUGAUAUGUCUUUUAAGUUAUGUUCUACCGAAAAUACAACGGCGUAAACCCGACACUCCCAUCCUCCCAAACACACGUCAACAGCGCGCCCCGUUUGAACAUGGGCGCGAAUACGAUGGUUGUCGGUAGCGGG